CCCACUCCACCUAUUUAUUGCACAAACUAUCCAUACACACGCGGCAACAGCGAUGCUACGACACGAGGGGCGAGAAUAGCGUGUCGGCCGCCUCGGCCGUCCCCAGCAGCAGCUCACAGGCCUGUCUGAAGUCGUCACCUAAGCUAUUCACAUGCUGCCCACCGAUGGCCAGGAGAAGUAGGUCGUCCACAUCGUGACCGCGAAUCGACCUCGAGUACGCGACCGUCUCCCUCGCGGCCGCCAGGGCCUCCUCCUCGCCCCGCCUGCACAUGUUGAGCACCAUGCACCGCCACGCCAGCAGCCGCAGCACCAGGAGGCUGCCGCCUUGCUCCUCCAUCUGUCGGGCCUCCUGCAGCAGCUCGUUCACCAUCUGCAGCCCCCUCUCGCCGUGUACGGGUGACCCGACGCACCCCUCCACCUUGCGGUGUGCAGAUGGAGUAUCCAUCUUGUCCGCUGGAUGAAUCCACCACUCCGCUGGAAUAUCCAUUUUGUCCAAUUCUUCCCACAUCUGCGCGGCGAGGGACAGCACUCGCGGGGGAUCGCAUGGCGGGGGCAGCUGGUAGUAUCUCGCCAGCUCGAUCUCGCGCUGAGGGGAUGUCCACAGCUGGUCCCAAAAGGACACCGUCACCUCGCCGCCGCGGGGGAUGGGCCGGAUGGCACGGACGAUGAGCAGACCCUCUACUUGGUACCUGAAUGACGAUCACACACACACAGCCUCGGUGCUUGUGUUGUUUUAUGGUAUGGGCUGACCCGACCCACCAGAUGGCAUUCCGCUUCUCCCCGGCGUGCUGCAUCAGAGAGGCGAGUGGCCACAGGCCGCUAGUGGGGUGCAGAAGGGGCACUGAGGGGUGGGAUGCACACAUCCACCAGACAGACACCAGGCACCAGACACCAGACAGCAGCGAGAGACCCAUAUGAAUGGAUGGAUGGACCAAAUGGAUUGCUGAGGGAUGGCUCACCACACUUGCUGAGGGGGCCCAGACCACCGUGUUUGGUCAGAUCGCCAACCUUGCGGAAGUUGAAUGCGACCAGAUCGGCCAGCCUCUCGCGGCCACCACCAUCCAACGUGGCCGCGGGCGAACCGAACUCCUCCUUACCCGAACUCGAAUGCAUGAAUCGCGGCAGCAUUGGGAAGCACGGAGCCAGGCCCAACAGGGUCUCGCGUGACGGCGGCGCCGCCAUGGACGACGCCUGUCCCCUGCCCCUUGGCAGACAGAACAGCUGAGAGAUCUGACGAGGGUGCCAGCUGUCCUGGUCGGCGCUCGUGUAUCCGAGAGAGGAAAAUCCAUCGAGGCCGGGAAAGACGGGCUUUUGGACGAGCAGCAGCUGCCCCACCUGGCUUAUGUCCUCUGUCGCGCACAGGCUGGGCUGCUGGCCCUCGGAGUGCCGCACGGCCAACGGGCCUGCAUACUCGGCCACGUCGAUGGAUGGCGUGGGCCGGCCGAGCUCCCUCUCCUUGCCGUUGUCCACCGCCUGCCGGUAGAUGGCCGCCCAGUUGUAGACGCCCUUGGCGUUGGUCCGGUGGGUGCUGAUGCGCUGCUGGAGGGUGUCGGCCUCGUUCUGCAUCUGGCCCUCCGAAGCCUGAUAGUGACACACGCACCCAAAGACGCAUACACGGUCGCAUUCUGCCCAAUAGAUCAACUCACGUGUUUCUUGAUGGCCUUGGCCACCACAUCGGCAGCACCGAACAGCCGCUCGGCCAGCAGCCCCUUGCCCAGCCACGCGAGGCUCCUCUGCUGGAUGGUGGUCAGCUGGUGGGAAGGGCGGUGGUCCAGAAAGCUCAGGUGGAGGGCGGCAGCCGCGCAACCAACUGCGUCCGGGCCCCCCUCUUUGACCAACAACCGCCUGAGCAGACAGAAUGAGGCGUUGCUCAGCAGCGUGACGAGGGUCUCCACGUCAGCACCAGCCAGACCAGCCGUGAAGCAGUUCCGCGCCCGCGCAUACUGCUCAUCGUCCUGCAGCUGCUCGCCCUCCGUCAGCGCCAGCUCCAUGCACGUCGGGACCACAACUGGUCUGUCCCUCGUGCAGAGCUCCGCCAUCGCGAGCUUCAUCAGCCGUGUGGUGGCCUUCCUCGAUGGCAGCCUGAAAUCGUCGGCGUCACCAGCGGCCGCCUGCUGGCCAUUAAGCCACUUGAUGAUGCCCUUGUACACUUGGUGUGCUGUCUGCUGGGUCAGGGCCGCCCUGCUGUCGGGUGCGAGGGACGGGGGCGGCGGCAGGAUGCGGAGGGCCGUGGUGACGUCGAGGAAGGCGCUGACGUAGCUCUCGAGGGCGAAAUGGCACUGCCCGCGACGGACCAGCAACUCAGCGAGAGACUCGGGGCCGCUGGAUCGAACGCCCUGCAAUCCAAAAGUCACUCACAGCACACAUCUGAUCUGUCCAUUCUGUGCGUGUGCGUUCCUUUUUUUUUGGUUGCGAUUAAUUAGCACGCUCACAUGGAUGAAUACGCGGUAGGUGUCGAGACACUUGCCACUGUUGCAGAGUGCCGUACCGACAGCCGUAGCGGAAAAAGGGCUACUGGUGUGAAAAGCAGAAACAGAAACAACAGCUCAGUUCAUCGUCUUUGUGUCAGUGUCUCACACAACCCUCCCUCCCUCCCUCACUUGGCGGAUUGUGACAGAGGCCGUGGGGUGUUGCUCCCCAUACACAGGCGCACCUCCUCCAGCAUCGCCCCAGAAGGCCUCACACGGCCACCUUCGCGGCCGAUGUCGCACGGCUGUCUGCUAGGCAUGGGCGUGUCUGCAUGGCCUUGUGCGGCCAGCCGACAGGAAGCACUGCCGCUGCUGCUCGGGGCCGCUGCUGUGGGCCGCCGUCUGUCCUCGGCAGUGGUCCCGCCGCUCGUCGAGGGCCCCAUGGCUGCCUCCUUCCUGUCCCCCAUGACCUCAUUGAGGCGCUUGCGAAGUGCGUCAGAGCGACCGACCAAGGAAUGUUGGUCGGCAAAGGAGAGCGUCGACUGCACGCGAAUCAUCUCAUUCAGCCUUUUCGUCUUCACACGCAUGUCGUGGGCAGCAGCGAAGGCCACCAGAGCGUCCUCCAUGGCUUCAACGGGCCCAGCUGCCGCCCCACGGGUGCUGCUCGAGGAUGCGGCCGGACCUCUGGCGGCGGCAGACGGGGAAGAUGUGAGCGGCUGAGCGCUGCUGGCGACCUUUCCCAGAAAGGUGGACACCUGAUGGAGCACACGAAUGAGAAGCGAACUUCUCCCUCCCUGGUUACAUACCUUGUGUGGCACAUUAAUGGUCGAGCCAUCGUCCCCACGCUGAGCUGCCUGCAGCUGCGCGAUGGAAUCCAGCUGCAACACACACACACACACACACACACAGGGGCACGGUCGUAGCCGAGCGUCUUUUCUCAAGCUCUACCGACCUGCACGAUUCGCUCGGCUAUCCGGUUGCUACUCCAGCUUCCAUCGUCUACUUGCCCAUCGCCACACCUGCGUCGCACACAGACCAGACCACAUUCAUGGCAAAUGGGGCCAUGCUGCGUGCAUGCUCUAUAUGUGUGUGUGUGUGUGUGUGUGCGUACGAGAUGAGAUCGUCCAGCUGGGCGGUGAUGCGCUCCACGUCGUCACGCUCCGCAUCGCCUGCCGCCGCCCCCAACUCGAGCUCGCCCUUGAGCUUCAUCAACAGGAUGUCACACAGGGCAUCAGGCAACUUCUCCUCAGUUGCUACAGCCUGUGUCACAUCACACACGGCGACCACACAGACGUGGACCGUGUCCAUGCCGACCGAGUUUGCCUGCCUGUGGUGCCAUUCAUGCUCGCCUGUGCGUCGUUGAAGAGCACGUCGUCGAUGACGUCCAUGCAGCUGCCCAAAACGUCGGGAGCUUUGGGGUGAGGCGGACCUGACGCAAGCAGCACUCCACGGUCAGCCAGCACACUCGUCGCCGCACGGACAAAUCCAGCCCGAACUAAUCGGCGCACGCGCCUCUCACGCACUUCGGGAUCAAGGGUGGUCUCUGAUGUAAUGCCAGACAGUGUUGGGGGAUGCUUUCAUGCCUCCCUCUCUCGUGUGGGUGCAUCGCUCACCAGCGAUGCGGAUGGGUAUCUGCAGGGCCAUGGCUACCACAUCUGCGCUGCACUUGGCCGCCUCCAGACUCUCAAUCAUCAGCGAUGCGACGGCCUGCAGCAGGCUCCUUUGGUCCGACAUCUGAACCGUCACCCGCUCCAGGGCUGCAUAACACGACCACAGAUGGCACUAGUGGCAGACGCAACAGGCAGACACGCAAGAACAUACAGCGUACCGUCGUCAAAUCUGUCCAUCCACCCAGGUUGGUCGCCCCCAUCGUUCUCCCAGUCGUGUGUCUCAGUGACGCUCCACAUGCCGUACGCCACGGACCCGAGCAGUCCCGUGGCCAUCCACUUGACCGCCGGCUCGACAGACGGCGACGCCACUACACUGAUGAGCUCCUCCACCUUGCUCGUCAUGUGCUCCUGAAACGCCCGCAGCAGCUCACCACUCGCACCUGAACACCAUACUCAGACCAACUCGGGCAACUGAGGUGACGCAUCGUAGGCGGCCUCCAUCCCUACCUUCUGGCUCCACAUCGUAGGCCCUGCGCGGCUCCUGACGGGCCUCUCGCGGCGCUGCGAUGCGCUUGAGGUACCUCAU